AUGUCCAAGUCUUGCGUUCCUCUUCAGCCUCGUCGCUUAUCUGAGACCAGGGUGCUGUCGAGUGGGGCCCGACUGUCACGAGAACACAUUGCACUAGCAGUCCCAUGUUUUCAUGUCCAAGUCUUGCAUUCCUCUUCAGCCUCGUCGCUCAUCGUACCUACCCAUGGUGCCAUUGCCAAAUCCAUUACCCUUGAGGGCAUAAUAGCGAUCAACGAGGUUUUCUACAUGUCGAAACGGAACACUUGUGCAGCCGUCCGCGUGACACCAAGGAUGCCAUCCCCUCUCUCCUUCGCAGGCGUGCCCACGUCGCGGAUGCACGCGACGUCGGCGAACAAGUCACCCGCGCAGUCGUCCACCGCCUCCCCCCUUUCAGAUUGCCGGAACCCGUGCAUCGGCCCCGUCUGCCUCGUGCUGGGCUCAGCGCCGCCCGGCUGCGUCCUGCACCAGUCGGCCGAGAAUCUCCAUCGCCUCGCCUCCGUCGCGCCCGUUCAUCCCGGCUUGGAACAGCUUCGCUGCUCGCGCUGCAUCCCGCGAAACCCCGUCCGCUCCGUCCCGCAGCAGGCAAGCCAGUUUAAGCAUAGCGUCGCGGUUAUGGCACUUCUCGAUCGCGCGCUCGUACAAUUGCGCCGCACGAGCCGCGUUCGUCCGCACUCCCCCUGUGCCUUGUACUAG